AAUAUAUGUCCCAGUUGAUAAACAAAGGACAUUUACUAAAGCCAGGUGAACACAGUCGGGUCAGUUGCUGCAUGCGAGUCCCAUCCAGGAGAAGCCCAAACUUGUCAGCGGAGGGUAAUAUUCUGAGAAGCGAAUGAAGAAACACCUUUUGCUUCUCUUCACAUAUAGAGGAUUAGUGAGAAAAGGGAAAAAGAGUAAAAGAAGAAAAUGGCCAAUUUUAAUUUGCGUAAAGCGGAACCCAAAGACGUGCCUGACAUAUUACGACUGAUAAAGGAACUCGCUAAGUAUGAAGAAAUGGAAGACCAAGUUAAAUUAACUGAGAAAGAUCUGCUCGAAGACGGAUUUGGAAACCACCCGUUUUACCACUGUGUGAUCGCAGACGUGCCAGCCGAGCAUCAGAAAGUCGAGGAUUAUUCUGUGAUUGGAUUUGCCAUGUACUACUUCACCUAUGACCCUUGGAUUGGCAAAUUGCUGUACCUUGAAGAUUUUUAUGUAAUGAAAGAGUACAGAGGUUUUGGAAUUGGGUCUGAAAUCUUGAAAACCCUCAGUGAUACAGCAGUGAAGAAUCGGUGCAGCAGCAUGCAUUUCAUCGUGGCCGAGUCCAACAAGGCAUCCAUCGACUUUUACAAGCGACGCGGGGCUUCCGACCUCUCGCUGCAGGAGGGAUGGCGACUUUUCAGGAUCGAUAAGGAGAAUCUCCUGAAAAUGUCUGCUGAAGAGUGAGCUGGCCCGAUGUUCCAGUGUUCAAAGAGGAAAUAGGGAUGGCUCACAGCUCAGUUUAAAUAAUACUUCAAUGCUUAGACAAAAUACUUUAAAAUACUCUGUGGGUAUUCAUCAUAUUAAUACACAGAUUAAGUUACAGUAGUGCAUGUAUUCAUACUUAUAUUUCAAACAUAUUCUGUAAUUUGUAUGUCAGAUUAGCUUAUCAAUAGUCUUUUUUACUUAUAUCCAAGUUAAUGCAUUAAAGUCUAAAAAAGGAAAGAAAAAA